UGAUUCGUCCAAAGGUUGUCCCUGCUGUAUGAGUGACUAACAUAUCUUCAAUUCAUUUCGGCUACUGAACAUCGACUGAGAAAUGCAAUUAGUUCUGCCAAACAACCGGUGCUAUAAUUUAGUCUACUCUACAUGAAGACGGUCCACAAUCAGAUUGGUAAAGUUACCGUAGGCUGGUGGAGUUGUAAUUUACAGUGGUCAGUGCUGUGGAUAUAACGUACUGUACUGGAACCGAUGACCUAGACUUGUUAAAUUGUAUUUUAAGAUUUUUGCUACCAAAGGCUGCUAAGUAGGCUAGCCUACUCUUAUAAAUCUAACGACCGAAAACUGCGGAAGAAAUCAUCUCAACGAUGACUCGACUAUACUGUGGACUGCUGUUUUACCUGGUGUUGCUUGGUUUUUCAGGUGGCUGUCAAGUUGCAAUCAGUCCCUCUUCUCUGGUGGUGAGGUAUGGAGGUCCUGCUUCGUCCACCUGUCGUUCACUCGUACCCAUCGACGGCAUGGGCUGGGAGUCCCCUGUGGGGGCUGUGGGUAUGGAGGGGGGAGUCACGGAGCUCAACUGGACGGUGAAGGAGCUGAGAGAGUGGACAGUGACUCCACAAUGCUUCAUUAACAAAAAGGAUGGUGAACAGUGCAUGAAAGAACUUUCUGUUCUGGCUUUCAAAAUGCCAGACAGUGUGGCCCUAGUGGAAGAUGAUUCUGGGCCCAAGUAUGUAAACAAGUCGUACAGCUUUGCUUGCCACAUAAAAAAUGUUGCUCCUGUCAAGAACUUGACUGUGAAGUGGUUUAAAGGAGAGAAGCUGUUGAAAGUAACGACUCUGCAUGAAGAUCACGAGGGUCAAGAAGGUCCACAGAACAGGACUGUUAAAAUAGAAAGUGUCUUCUCUCCACCUGAUGAUGGAUCAGAAUAUCGUUGUGAAGCUGGACUGGAUUUUACACCUGAUCUUCCUAUUCAGUCACAGUCGGUCCUCAUGGCUGUCCACUAUCCCCCAGAUCACGAUCAUUCAGAGAUUGAGGUCUUAGUCCUGGAGGGUGACACCAAAUUGAACUGCACAGUCAAUGGCAACCCCCCUCCUGAUUAUGCCUGGACAUUGUCGGGAGCACAAGAGAAGAUAGAGAACAAGCCUGUCCUUGCUGUUAAACAAGCUGGGGACUAUAUAUGCACAGCCUCCAACAAGCUUGGUAGUAGCAACAAGCAUUUCAAAGUACAGUCCAGAUCUUCAGGUACAUUCUGGACCAUUAUCAUUGUUGGUGUUGUCGUGGCUGUGCUGCUAAUAGUGUCAUAUGGAGUAUGGAAGUGGAAAGCUGGUCCCAAUUCGAUUAUCUGAUCAACAAGCAGUGCAUCAGAUGCCCAGAGAACAUGAACAAUUCCCCCACCACCACAAGCAAUGCAUGCACUAUUUUAUAUAUUUACUUUUUUGCCUUUAAUAUUAUGUAUAGUUUAUAUGCUUUAGAUCCCUCUGUGUUUUUGGAAGUCUUGCAUGUGAGGGACUGUGGUAUGGGGACUACAAUGGCCAGGGUGAAGGGCACUGACGCUUGGGGAUGAGGACGGUAAAGGUUUGGACCACAGCAUUGUACAAGGAAGACUGGGCCUCUACCUGCAGCAGUGCACAAUGCAAACCGAGCCUGUAUCAGCAGCUGUUUGUGUUUUGUUAUGCUUUUUUUAUUUCUUUAAAAAUGCUAUUAAUGCACUGAGUUAUCUUUUGCUACUCUUUGUCUUUGUAACUUUUUAGCUUAUAGGAAGUAUUGUGUGGUUGAUUGUGUGUUCAGAGCCUCAUGUCAGUCGAUGUGAUUCAAAUUAUCGGUGAAAUGUUAUUUUAUCAUUUCAAACACCUCCAAAUAUGCUGUACAGAAUAGUUGUAUUAACAGUAGACACUGUGCCUUGUCCUUUUCAGCAUUUAACUAAAGUACGUGCUAAUGGCCUUAAAUUAUAUACUGUUACUACUGUUUCUAAAAUGUAUCCUAUCCAAAGUAACUCACUCUUACUCAAAUGCCUUGUUAGACAUGUGUUUGAGCAGCCAUCUUAGCUUUUCACAUUUGCAUUGUAUUUUAUUUAGUGACCCUCAGGUGUUGAGUAUGUUAACCACUGUGCCAUAGCCGCUUAAUUUAGUUUUAAUCCAUUUUGAUUUUAUUGACUCAUAGCCACAAAACCUCUUGUCAGGCAAUUGAUAGAUGGUCACUAGUCUGAUUGGAAAUCAUUUUGCUCAUAAUGGCGACACUGACUGUUGCUGGGGAUUUAGAAUUAGAUUGUUUCAAGGAAUGUGACUUGAUUGUUUUCUGGCCGAAGAUAUGUACAGUGAAACAGUAUCUUUCAGUUAGAUUUAACAGAGUUGUGUAUAUUUGUUAUACUCAGGGAAGUGCACUAUAAGCCAUACCAGACAAUUGUAUAGACAAUUGGUCAAUACAUUUGUCAGCAGGACUAUAAUGUAUAAUGUGAUUUAUGACUUCCAAAAGCUUUAAUCUUCAUGCUGACUUCUGACCACUUUGUAAUGCCAGAGACACUUUUUUGGCAGUCUAACCACUUUCACUUUUCAGAUUCUCAGUGGCUUUUGUUAAGUGCUCUCAUUGUUUGUUUUGUGUGCCAAAGUUCUUGGCCUUAAGGAGAAAUGAGUUCAUCAACAUCUCUCUGCCUUGAGACCGUGUUGUUAAUACAUUUUAUCGUUUUGAAUUCC